GGAAAAAGCAAGAGACAAUGUAAAGAAAGAAAAGAAAAAAAAAAAAAAAACAGUUUUAAUAGUCUGAAAUGGCUCACAAAAGUUGUAACAGUCGAGCAGUUCAACUGGUUAAUUAUUUCCCGUGCAAAUUAUUCUCCCAUCGCGUUCAAUCCUACCAAUUGGAUAGUUUGGAUCGCGCUUUUGACGAGGGCGCAUCUUACCUCUCCAACGGUGUCUACAAACACCUGUCGAAUGACGCGGCUGUUUCAGUGGCGGCACUUCGCUCAUCCGACGGCGCCAUUUUAGAUCCGGAUGACCGACUGGCCGAUGUCGUGGACGAUCGCGAACAGCUGGCCGCUUGCCUGUCCAAUGGCGGAUCUGAAUUGGACGAAGCUUCGCUGGGGGUUCCGUUGGUGCUCGGCCCGCGGAUCGGAUUGAUGAAUCUGCGAGGCGAUGGCACGUCGGCCAGCUCCAACUCUGGCUCGCCAUCGCCGACCGACUUCGGCCUUCAUCACCAACAUUAUGGCGGCAGUCAUCAGCCGUCCAGCCGAAAAGACAUUGAGGUCACGGGCCAAGAAGCCGCCACGGGUCUCAUGGUCGAUCACAUGCACCUGCAGGUCAGGCGCGGAUCGGAGCCGGCGCUUAAUCGCAUCGACGCAACGACCAACGGCCCUGCCGCUGCUGCUGGCCAACACCACCAAGCCGACGUGCCACCUACAUCAAACACCAGAGAUUAUAAGAGGUGGUCAGCAGCGCCCAUUGUGGAUGCCACAUCAGAUUCGGAUUGCGAGGAACGUGACUUGGAAGUCGUACGACGUCAUCCGUCCGGGCCGCGGUUCGCUCGAUCGGGCGCUCGUGUCUCGAUGCAAAUAUUCGGUGGCGGUAUAGGCAGCACCAACAGCGCCAACAGCCAAAACAAUGCUGGAUAUCGGUGGGCGGAAGCGGCCGAUAAUGCCUUAUUGUCGGCCGCAACGGCUCCGGCCACCACAACGCCGCCCGACUACGAAGAGACGAUGCACCGACGUACCCGCAGCCUCAGACGGGAACCCGUCGGUGCCACAAGUGAAUCGAUUCCGCUCAGCGACGGCCAUCACCGCCUGUAUCAACACCACCACCAUCAGCACGUUCAAUCGCCCGCACCAUCUCAGCUGGUGGUUCUGCCCAACGAAGGCGGCCCUCUGGGCAUCCACGUCGUGCCGGACUACUCUCCGCUGGGCAACGAGCUCGGCCUCUUGGUCCAGGGAGUCGAGCCGGGCGGUCGCAUCCACAGGGACGGACGGAUCGCCGUUCAAGACCGCAUCGUCGAGAUCAAUUCGCACCCGCUCAAGGACGUGCCUUUCCACAGAGCUCAGGAGCUCUUCCGCAAUGCCCUCCAGAGUCGUGACCUUCGUUUGCGGAUAGUCAAACCGGACGGAGGAAUUGAAACAAUUCGCCAAGAUCAAGCGGAUGAAAUGGCGCAUCAACCGUCUCGCGUUGCGGCCGUGUCGCCCACUCGCAAAACGGCCGCCGUUCCAGGAACGGGCCGGGCCGCCAGCGCCCUGAUGACGGUCAGCACGAGGAAAAUUGGCAAGAAAUUGGAUCUCGAAUUGACGAAAGGCCACGACGGACUGGGAUUUAGCGUCACGACGCGCGAUAAUCCAGCUGGUGGACUUUGCCCCAUUUACAUCAAAAACAUUCUACCCAGAGGUGCGGCGAUUGAGGAUGGACGGUUGCGCUCUGGUGAUCGACUUUUGGAGGUCAACGGUGUGGAAAUGACUGGCAAGACACAGAGCGAGGUGGUUAGCCUUUUGCGCAACAUUCCCACAGGUGGGGCCGCCCGUCUGCUGGUCUCGCGGCAAGAAACGGAAGAAGAACUUCAUUCCAAUGUGCAAAGUCAACACGUUCAACCUGUGGCCGCUCAACCUCCCGCUCAGACGAGCCCCAAAUUGCCGAGGCAGAUGAAAUCCAUCAGCCGGGCCAGCGAGGAGUCUCUGUUGCUUCUGCCGUGGAAACAGCGCGAAAUCCUCACGCUCGACAUCCCCGUUCACGACACGGAGAAAGCCGGUCUGGGCAUUUCCGUCAAGGGCAAAACGACGUCGUCGUCGGGAAAUGGGACCAGCGAUUUGGGCAUUUUUAUCAAAUCCGUUCUGCACGGAGGGGCCGCUUCGAGGGACGGACGACUCUGCACCAAUGACCAGCUGCUUCACGUCAACGGUGUCUCGUUACAGGGUCGAUCCAACACGGAAGCGAUGGAAGGAUUGAGACGGGCCGUGCACCAGGAGGGUCCCAAACCGGGCCACAUCACGUUGACGGUGGCUCGCAAAAUGCACGCGCUCAAGGAUCGCGAAGUGACGCUAGAGGGCCAGGAUGACACGGUGAACGGAACGGUUCGAUUGGGCGGAAGCGCGGGCGAUAGUUCGGGAAGUUACGAUCAUUCCGGAGGUAGCAGCGAUCAAUCAGGUUCCACCGUCAUUUUCGUCAGCGGAAGUGGCGGCGGAUCAGAGAGUCGUGAGAGAAAUCUCGUGGCGGAGAACAGAAUGUCUGGCAUCUCGUCUGACCUCCGCAAUGAGAGCUACUACCGGGCCACGCACGAAACGUGGAACACGACGCAGUUGCAAGAGACGUUGAUGAGUUCCAAAUCGAACGGGCAUGGAGCUGGACCAGGGCGUAAACAGCACUCGCAAAACAGCCCGACGGUUCAUCUGACACCGGGCGAGGUGGUUUCCAUUGACGGUGAUUACCUUCCCCAGUCUCGGCCACGCCCACCUUCCAUGAUGAUGAUGUCCAACGGCUCGUCAGUGGCCUCGACACCGGAUACGACCGUGAACUUGGCGUGGCAGCAACAACAACAACAACAAUCGAAUAACCGUCCCGGUGGUCAACGUUCUGGACCGACGGACGGACGUGACCGACCCUGGUCCGAACAGCCACAACCGCCACAAAGUCCCUUGUCGGAAACGUCAAUGCGUUCGGACGGACGUCCUAGCGAUUCGGAGGCUCCAACUUACACCAGCCAGACUUCGUUGGAUACGGACGCUCCCGGCUUCUCUCGCGACCAGUUUGGCCGUCAGAGCAUGUCGGAAAAGCGGCACGCCUCGCUGGACGCCAAGAACACGGACACUUACCAGCGCAAUAAGAAACUCAGGGAGGAAAGAGAACGCCAAAAACAGACAGAAAGUGAACAACCGACAUCCGCAUCGAAAGAAAACAUGCCACCAUCAGGCCGUGUGAUCCGUCGGGCUGUCAAGCGCCGUCACGCUCAUCCUUUGGUUUCGCGUCUGGAGAAGGAUUACCUCAACUCGCCUAGCUAUCACCGAUCCAGUCCCAAUCUCUAUCAGCCCAACGAUGUUGUUGGCGGUGUUGGGUCUGCUGUGGUUUCAGCCAAUCGCCGGGGGGUAGCGGGCACGCUUGAUCGGGGUAGUCGCCUGUCUGUGGCUCCAUCCAUGAUGAUGAUGACGGAUGAUUAUCGUCGUUCUCGUGUCUCUUCGGUGGAAUCCCUUCCCCUAAUCGCUCCGUCACCUGUCCCGUCCCUGCAAGGCCAAAGACGGCCACCGCUUCUACCUCCAUAUAAAGCGCAAGAUAAUGGCCGCCCGCUUUUCGUGCGCCCAGUUGACUUGCCGAGAGCUUCGUCGAGAGAUAUCGGGCCAACGCUGGGCUUGAAGAAAUCGUCCAGCUUGGAAUCGCUGCAGACGGUCGUCCAGGAAAUCCAGAUGCAAGAGGAGGAGCCUCAGAUCGGCUGCUAUGGUUACCAUCGGCCGACGGCCAUCCGCGUUGUUCGAGGACGCGGAUGCAACGAGAGUUUCCGCGCGGCCGUCGAUCGCAGUUACGAUGAAUCUGGCCAGCCAACUGACGGACAUAACAAGGAGCCCAUGGAAACAUUGGAUGAAGCGGCGGAGGUAGAGGUGAAUGAGAUGAUGCCUCCUCCACGAUCGCCCUCUGAGAUUGGAAUUCCGAUCUUGAACAACAAAAGCGAAGUUCGCAAAAGCAAAAAGAAGAACGCCAACGCUGCCGGCCUCCUUUUGAAAGGACUGGGCUCCAUGUUCCGUUUUGGCAAACACCGCAAAUCGGCUCCGGCCAGCCCGGAAUCUGGUCACCAGCCAUCCGGAUCGGACCCGACCGUCUCGGGUCAUUCCAUGGCCGGCAGCAACGUGAUUAUGCCGUCAUCCGGAAACAACCAGCAGCAGCAGCAUCACCACCACCACCAGAGCGAACGAAGGUCUUCCGGUCAUUCUGGCAGCAUUGGCAGAUCGUCCGAUGUCGAUCGACACCACGUCCUCAGGCGGACUCUUCCGCCCGAUGAACGUGACCGGGCGGAGCUAGGACGUCAGAUGGCUAUCGCAGUCGCUCGCCAGGCCGCCCAAGAGGAGCAGAAGAGAAUACAACACCAUUAUUUACGCUUGAUGGACCAGCAGCAACGGCAAGCCGCCACUCACGAGCAUCAAAAGCAACAACAACAACAACAACAAUCGGGUGCUACAACGGUCGACUCGGCUAACCGUUCGCAGAGGCUGCAUCAGCUGCGAGCCCAGCAUCAGAAACGGCACGCCGAACAACAACGACAGUCGACUCACACGCCGACAGACCAAUUUGAGUCGAAUAAUAAAAACAUGCCGGAAAUUAUUCACGGACGCUCGGCCAGCUACGAUCCGUACAACGACGUGCGGAAACCGCGCAGUCGGGCCGCCGUGGGAGAACCCAAUACUCUGAUGCCCAUCCCGACAGUGUCCUCGAUGUACAACAACAAUUACGACGAAUUUCAACUCAAUCGGCGUCAGCAGCACUAUCACUCGCAGCGAUCGGCUCGCGAGACACGAAUGAGCCCACCGGGCGGAAAUCAAUGGUCCGGCGCUGACCGGCCCGUCUCCAACUAUUUCGAAUAUGAAAGCCUGCAUAUUGCUGGCCACAAAGUGGCUCUAAGUGGACCUCCCUACAAACCUCAACAACAACAACAGCAACAACAACACGGGCAGCAGUCAGGAAACCGACGACCACCCACCAUGCAAGGAGAUGAUGGCCCGGUAUUCUUCCGAAGGCCCGAUCGAAACAGUACUGGACUGGAAUACGGAAGCAGUCAAGUACGCUCAUCGCAAAGGGAAUCGGUGUAUGGCGCUUCAAACUACGGUAGCCAGAAUAACUCAAACAGACCAGCUCCUUUGACAGGAUCUAAAGUCUGAUCAGCAGCUAAUACCAUAGCGGGAUAAUAGGUAUCUGUGUUAUCAACUCAAAUUUACUACAAUUAUGUACUUUGAAACGAAUGCAUGCGCAACAGUCGUUUAAUGGGUCAAAUUGAAAUAUUUUUCAAUAGUCCUUUCCUUUUGUCCGAUCAAACUGUUGAAUGUAAAUAACUAAGAUUUUUUUUUCCUACACAAAACCCAACGCCAACUCUUCAAAGUCUGUCCCAUCUAUUUUAAAUAUUCCAAUCCUUUUUUUAUAUUAAAAAAAAAAUCGUGUCAAGCAAACAAAAAAAAAAGGGAAAUCGUGUUUUGUACAUAUCUCGGAACCGUCCAAAAGUUGAAGAAAGAGUAUUAUUUCUUUUUUAUUCAUUCGAUUUAUUAAAAAAAAAAGCCAUACGGAGUCGUUACCUACAUAUGCUCGCACUUAAAAAAACGGCUAGGGAUUUUUUUUUAAGACAUAAAAGAGUACUUGCAAAUUCCUAAUAUUAUGUCUGGUUGGCUCUUGAAAAAAAACAACAGCUGUUUCAAUCGUGUCUUUUUGCUUUCCGUUUGGUCUUUUUGUUUUUAUACAUUCCCCACUUGCCAUAUCAAAUCAAGUGUCUAUAUCCUCUCAUUGUAAUAACUUUUUUCUUUUGUUUUAAUAUGCAUCACACUCCGUACAGUAUAACUUUGCUUCUGAUUUUUUCUUUUUGUCCGGUCAAGAAAAACAACAAGAAGAAUUAUCUUUUGAAUAAACGAAUGACGUGAUUCUAUCGCCUUUACAGGAACGAUGUCAUCCCUGUUUAAA